GUGGACUAUAACCCCGUAUACGCUACACACAAGAAUUGUGCGUGCGGUGAAACAAGAGGUUUCCAAAACCACAGAAAAAUUACCACCUGGAAGUCCUGUUGGGGUUAUCAUUCAUGUACCUUUCCAGCCGACUAGAUUUCUGUCAAAUGAGAAGGAUGGAUGGAUUCUGCCUUCAUUAUCUGCUCAUGAUUCUCCUGAUAAGAUCGGGGGAUGUUGAAUCUAACCCCGGACCAGACAGGAAUGUCAGUGAGAAGGAAUUCUUAAGGCUGUCCAAGAAGAUUGAUCCUAGCUUCUACAAAGAUGUUGGCAUUAACCUGGACAUCUCCAGGGCGGAGCUUGAGCAAAUCAAUGAACGUAGCCAAAAUGCCAGUGAUGCAUUGCUGACAGUCUUCACGAGAUGGAGAGACAAACAACCUCAAGGCACAGACAUCAGGGCUCUUCUUGCAGAGGAGUUAGAAAGCAGUGGCUUAGAGGCCCUCUCUGGCGAACUACUCGCUGGCAAUCUAGUCCCCAGGAAAAUACAAGUGCUUCUCACUGAGACUAGGAAUGUCAGUGAGAAGGAAUUCUUAAAGCUGUCCAAGAAAAUAGAUCCUAGCUUCUACAAAGAGGUGGGCAUUAACCUGGACAUCUCCAUCGCAGAGCUUGGGCAAAUCAAGGAACGUAGCCAAAAUGCCAGUGAUGCAUUGAUGACAGUCUUCACGAGAUGGAGAGACAAACAGCCUACAGGCACAGACAUCAGGGCUCUUCUUGCAGAGGAAUUAGAAAGAAGUGGCUUAGAGGCCCUCUCUGGCAUUUUAGUCCCGAAGCAUACCGAUAAAACCACAUCAUCCCCCUCAUCGCCUAAUACUAGCACUUCUACUACUACUACUCCUAAUACUGCUGCUGCUGCUUCUACUACUACAUGUACUCCGCAAGAAGGUCUUCUACCGUCCACCACAGAUUUCGACGACAUUUUGGUAACUGUUGCAAAGAGAGUCCACAAGGAAUCAGAAAUCGACACAUUAGGAAAAAAGCUUGGAUUUACACAGGGAGAUACUUAUCGGUACAUAGCAACUAAUAACAAAACCCAGAGUGUAACAUAUGUUGGCACUCUUCAAAUGCUCCGGGAUUGGCGAGACGGUCAAAUAAGUUCUACCGAGCAAGGAGCUUUGAAGACUGCUUUGGAGCUAUCUGGACAAAUUCGUCUUGCUGAUGAUCUCUUUCCUUCCAGUUAGUAAAUACAUGAAGUAAUCAGGAAUCAGUAGCGGUCCUUUUGAAGCAAUGGUGUUCGAUUAAUUUCUACAUAGUAAUUUUUAUGACAUCAGUUUAUAGGCUUCACUUUUUAUAAACGUUCAAUUAUUUGAUGUUUUCAAUCGUUCUUUUAUCACUCUUGUCUCACGUGUAAAGUGUUUGUGUAGGUGUUUUAUGUCAAAUAUAUACAUAUGUGUAUAUUUGGCGUUUAGACGAAGAAGGGAUUUUACUUUAGAUUAGUACGGAUGAAUAAUGAUUAUUAUUUCUACUAUUGUCAUUAUCAUAUUUUGAAUUACCAUUAUUGUUAUACAUAUUGUUAAAAACAGUAUAUCUUUUAAAAAAAAUGAGAAUAAUCUGUGUUCAUUAUCUGGUAUGUGCCGGAGUGACAGGUUUUAUUAUACAAUUAUUUAGCUUAAAUAAUGUAAAGGUAAUCUUUCAUAACGUGUGAAUUAGGUAGUGAAUUUGAUCUUGACUAUUUUUUUUUUUGCAAAGGAACAUCAUGAUGAACAGACGUGUAAGUGAUUUCACCCUUUUCUCACUUACUAUCCAUAUUCUUUAAGAUCGUGUUAUCCUUUUUAUCAUGAUUGUCUUUUUCACUUCAUGUGCCCAUGAUUUAUUGUUUUUCUUCAUCCAAGAUGUGUACCAAAACUCCCAUUACGUUGCUGAAAUAUUAUCGAGAGAAAGAAGGAAACAUUGGAAUCGGCAUCAUACUUUAAGAAUCUUAUAAAUAAUCAUCAAUUCAAUUAUAAUGCUGCGUUUAAUGAUAAAUUGAAUUAGUGGAGUACACAGAAAGGUGGCUUUAAAUCAGUGAUAUUUUGAUUAAAGGUCUCGUGGAACAGAUAUCGGACGUUUUAAAACUCAGUAUGAGAUGUAGACUAACAGCCUCGCCUUGUAUAACAUCUACUAAGGUUUAUGUAAUGAAUAAUAAUGAAUAAUAAAUAAUAGUAAUAAUAUUGUUAUAAUGUUCAUGACCCGUUUGUAUACUAUAUAUGCCUGUUACCUUCAUCAUUGACAAUAUCUACACUGUCCUUUGUUUUAGGAUGAUGGCAUUACUCAUGUCCUCAUUAUUAAAAGGAGGAAAAUUAAACCGAUUAUCUCAUUAUUUUCUUUAUUAAGUUUAUGGUUUCUUCUGUUCAAAUUGGAUAACGUAUUCGAUAAUUAUGACUAUUAAGUUAUCACCAGUUUUACAUAAAUCUAGCACAAAUGCCAUUUUAAAAUAUAUUGAUCAGUGGGGAUUAAAGUAACGAAUGUAUCAUCUGAAAUCGUAUUACAUAUUCUUUAUGAAAAAAACAAGGUAUUGUAAAAUGCAGCGUAAUUGUUGUUUGUUAUCAGCCUUCGUCUUUACUUUCUGGGACACAUUGUAAUUAAAAAAAAAAUUGAUGUGAAUAUCAUAAACUUAAGUUUUAUAUCCAGUCCAUGCUGGAAGCAUAUUUGAAAUUUUAGAGCGUCGUUAAAGGUAAAGACCAGUUUUGGAAACACCCCCUCUCAAAAAAUGAAAUGGAAGCUCU